UGGUAUGAUUUGGCUGGAACUGCAACGCGUAAGGACCUUGAAACAUAUUUGCAGCUGAAUAAAGAGGCGGCAAACUUGAAUAAUUUCACAUCCGGAGCAGAAAUGUGGUUGAAUGAUUAUGAAGACGAUACACUUGAAGUGCAAUUGGAAAAUAUUUUCGAAGAAAUUCGUCCGUUCUAUCUUCAAUUACAUGCCUACGUUCGCCAUUCUUUGAAACAAACAUACGGCGAAGAGAUUAGCGAAGAUGGACCAAUCCCCAUGCAUUUGCUGGGCAACAUGUGGGCUCAAUCUUGGGUAAACAUUUAUGACCAGACUACACCAUACCCUAAUAAACAGUCGAAGGGUUUGACUAAGGAGAUGCUUGCACAAAACUAUACGGCAUUGAAAAUGUUCAAAUUGGCCGAAGAGUUUUACGUGUCAUUGAAUAUGAGUGCAUUACCACAGGCAUUCUGGGAGCUCAGCUAUAUUGAGAAGCCAACCGAUGGAAGAGAAUUUAUUUGUCAUGGUUUCGCAAAUGAUUUUUUCAAAAACUCUGAUGUGGCUAUAAAGAUGUGUACUCGAAUUAGUGCAGAAAGCUUUUUUACCGUUUUCCAUGAAAUGGGACACAUUUAUUACUAUUUACUAUAUAAAAAUCAACCAAUAGCUUAUCGUGACGGUGCCAAUCAUGGUUUUCAUGAGGCUGUUGGAGACGUUUUUGCCUUGUCUGCAUCGACGUCAAAACAUAUGCAUAAAAUUGGUUUGCUGAAAAAUUAUGAGCCAGAUGAAGAGACAAGAGUUAACGAACUUUAUCGAACUGCAUUAAGAAAGGUAGCUUUCCUUCCUUUCAGUUAUUCACUUGAUCAAUAUCGAUGGGCGCUAUUUCGCGGAGAGGUGAAAUCCGACGAAUAUAAUUGUAAGUUUUGGCAGAUGCGAGAAUCAGCAUCCGGCAUUAAACCGCCAGUUCAACGCUACAAAGAAGACUUCGAUGCACCAGCAAAAUACCAUGUUUCAGCUGACGUAGAAUAUCUACGAUAUUUGGUGGCACACAUUCUGCAAUUUCAGUUUCACAAAAGCGCUUGCAUUUUGGCAGGAGAAUACGAUCCAAAUAAUCCCAAUAGCUACUUGUCUGAGUGUGACAUAUAUCAAAGCACAAAAGCAGGAAAUGCCUUCAAGGAAAUGUUAUCGAUGGGAUUAUCGAAACCUUGGCCAGAUGCGCUUGAAAUUCUUACAGGGCAAAGAACAAUGAGUGCGUCUGCCUUGAUGGAAUAUUUCAAACCGCUCCAAGAUUGGCUUGAGAAAAAGAAUAAAGAAACGGGAGCUCAAGUUGGAUGGAAGUCAGAAUUCAAGUGUUUAUCAAAAUCUGGUGCGGAGAAACCCAUUGGAGCAGGGAUAAUAAUCGUUCUAUUUGUAACGAUCUGUGUUGGCAUGGUCUAA